CCUAGCCGGGUCAGUCUUGGAUGCGUUACCGUGCGCAUGGCUGUGUGGCUCUUUGGGGGUCGCCUCGGCCUGCGCGGGCGUCUCAGCGCCUGCAGACUGCUGUGUCCCCGUUUCCAGAGCCGUGGCCCUCAGGGCGGGGAAGACGGGGACAGGCUGCAGCCGUCCUCGACGGCAGCCAAGAUCCCCAAGAUUUACACCAAGACGGGAGACAAAGGGUUUUCCAGCACCUUCACAGGAGAAAGGAGACCUAAAGAUGAUCAAGUAUUUGAAGCCGUGGGGACCACGGAUGAGCUAAGCUCAGCUAUUGGGUUUGCCAUGGAGUUGGUCACAGAAAAAGGCCACAUGUUUGCCGAAGAGCUUCAGAAAAUCCAGUGCAUGCUACAGGACGUCGGCUCCGCCCUGGCCACUCCACGUUCCUCAGCCAGGGAGGCUCACUUAAAGCACACGGCCUUCCAGGAAGGGCCUGUCCUGGAGCUGGAGCGGUGGAUUGACAAGUACUCCAGCCAGCUCCCCCCGCUCAAGGCCUUCAUUCUGCCUUCUGGAGGCAAGAGCAGCUCUGCCCUGCACUUCUGCCGCGCUGUAUGCCGUCGUGCCGAGAGACGUGUGGUGCCUCUUGUCCAGAUGGGAGAGACGGAUGCAAACGUGGCGAAGUUCUUAAACAGGCUCAGUGAUUACCUCUUCACUGUAGCCAGAUAUGCAGCCAUGAAGGAGGGCAGCCAAGAGAAAAUAUACAAGAAACAUGAUGUGUGAAGCAUGAAUUUGCACAGUGGGCGAGAGGUCAACUCCAGACAGUCGUGCUGAGAGUGGAAGUGGGGGUUGGCUACAGACUCAGCAUCACCUUGUGCUCACCCCCCCGCCCUCCAGGGACUUUCGAGACUCCUGGCUUCUCCAGGUUGUGUCGAACAUGUCAGCUGACUUCCAAAUUCUGGGAAGGCAAGGUAAACUGGAGGCCACGGAGGGGAUGGGCUCCUCGGAAUUGAGAAUGAACAUGGGGAAGGUUUGAACUGUGCACUUGGGCUUUCUGUGUGUGUGUGUCUGUGUGUGUGUGUGUGUGUGAGUGUGUGUGUGAGAGAGAGAGAGAGUGUGUGAGAGAGAGAGCACACUGCCAACUCGGGCUGUUCAAGGACUUGGAAUGUACCAGAGGCCUCUGGAAAUGUACUAGUGAUUUACCUGUGCCGACGGGACUUUAAAUGUCACAUUUAUAAAGGGAAGGCAGGCAGGCUUGAGGAGUUUAGUCACCUCUGUGCCGCCCAUCACUGCCACAGUGUCGGGGAAAGACAGCUGCAGGUCCACAGGGGUUCAGCUCGGAGUAUCCUCUCCAUCAAGGCAGGAGGCAGGUGGCCCUCCCUGUCCCGGGUGGUGGCAGAGAUUUGGUCUUCAGCCUGACACUUGCUCUCUGAUGUCCCUUGGCUGGUCUGUGCUUCCGUGAGCCACACCAUGGCCUGUCUGUAACUCUACCGGCCACCACUGCUUCCUCUCCCUAUGAAGUGACAUCGCAGUGACACCUGUGUCCUUGGGAAGAGGGAUAUUUAUGAGAGGCUGGAGGCCGCCCUGAGAACCUCAUGGUAUGCGGUGACUUAGGAAGGGCAGAUCUGAGACACCCUAGACUCUGCUCAGCUAUUGCCCUCUUCCCUGUGCACCUGCUUGGCACGCCUUCCGUGCUAGCUGCCCUGAUGGUCAAUCAGCGAGCCUUUGGUUUCAGCCGUGUAUCUUCUGGGUCCUGUGAAGGGGAGAGGCCCAGCAGGGAGGAACAUCCCUAGGAGGCUGUCCUGUCCAAUGCCAUUGCAGCCACCAUAGUGAGACACGGAUUGGGUACAGAGUUGGUGCCAUGUGUGUGAGACCAGAGACAGGAGGCACAGUCUUAGGGAACUUAAACACCAUGCUGUUGGUCCAGACCUGGCGGGGGAAGCCAUGUUCCAAGAGCUCGAAGCGGCCCUGACACUCCGCCUACAGCUCCAGAUCUUCCUAAAAAAGAUAGUAUGAACUCAAGAGAAUAGGAAGCCACGCCCCUCGCCUGUGCCCAGGUCGGAUGUUGAGUGGCACUCGAAAGGUCAAUCCCCACCUUCAGGCUCCAGGCAUUGCCUAGCUUCGUGUACACCACCCACGCUCCUCAUACAGUCAUACAGUGAGUCUCACUGCGAGCUAACAAGCUGCAAAAGCCGCCUUUACAUUGUACCCAUUCACCAUUGAUCUCUCUGUCUGUCUCUCGGUCUCUCACAAUUCAACCCUUGAAACCAUUGCGGGAAGGCUUUCUCUCCUUGGAACUUUUGUAGAAAGCGCUUUUAUUGAGAUACAGUCCAACCACCAUAAAAUGUGUCUUUUUAAAAUGGACAUUUCAGUGGGUUUUAGGGUAUUGCCCAGUUUUUGCCACCCCAUACCUCACACCCAGGAGGAUGCCCCCUAGAACAGCAUUCAUCAGCAUCACAGAGGUGAACAAACUUGGUCAGUGAAGCCAUGCUACCAAAGGGCCCAAGCCAAGCACUUACACUGGACCUCACCUGAGCCUCACUGGGGGCGUGGAGUUCACAUUACUACAGGAAGGGAAACGGAGGCUCAGCACUGACCUAGACUGUGGCCUCACACACACACACCGCCCACUGGCACUUGACAGUUGUUUUAAUCACAACCUGGGCCGCGGCAGGCAGUGCCAGGCACUAACAGAUUGCUGUCGCAUCUCUCAGCUCAGUCUUCCUUAGCUGAUACUUCACGACUCUUGUUAAUGUGCGUUUCUCAUGGAGUAAUUUUCAGAGCCUGAACUUGUAGCACAUCCCAAUGAUAAAUGUCCCCCGUUCCAAGUCCCUUGUCAGCUGCAAUGUCACCCUUACUUCCUCCCCAGCACCUCCCGACAGCCCAUCCAGUUUUACGAUCCCUCUGUCCCAGUGAUCACGGCUGAACCUUUAAGAAUCCGGACGCACUUCAAGUUUAAUUGAAUAGAAUUCUUUGUAUAAUAAAUUCCGCAUGAAUGCUACAUAAAUCAGUGCCUGGAA